AUGCUCUCCCUCCGCGCCGCCGUCCGUGCUGCUCCCCGCACUGCAUCUCGCAUCGCCUCUCGAACAAGCUCCAUCCGACCCGCCUUCAACAUCACAAGCCGCAUCACACAGCAAGCGCCUCGCAUUGCCGCUUUCAGCACAACAAGAUGUCGAUUCGAUGAUUUUGCACAGCAGCUCGCCGUCAAGCUUGAAAGUGAGAUCAAUAUCGAGACGGAGGAAUCAGCCUCGCAGGCGACCAGCGACACCAAUGUCGACAACUUCCUCGCCGAGAACCCUGACUGGACCAUUGAGGACACACCUGGCGAGCAGGAUGUCUACCUCAAGCGCAAAUUCGAAGACGAGACGGUGACGGUCCACUUCACCAUUGCCGACUUCAACCAAGAAAUCGAGCCCGAGGACGACAUGGACGCCGCGAUGGGCGAUGAGGAGGACAUGGACAUGCAGAGCCAUGGCGCCAACUCCAAGGGCUCCAUCAACCAGGGCGGUACCGCAAACCGUAACUUCAAGGUUGCACCAGAGGACAGCGUCGCGCCAGCAGAUCGCGAGGAGCUGCAGGAUGAGGAGGAUGCAUCGCCAGCUUACCCAGUCUACGUCAACGUCCUUAUUCAGCGCCCAGGCAAGGGUGCGCUCAAGUUUGAUCUUACUGCUGUUGAUGGCGACAUCAUGAUCAAUCAGCUGUCCCACUUUGCUGAGUCCGCUUUGAAGAACGCCACCGAGGUCUUGCGGAGAUCGCCCGAGACCGCCUACGCCGGUCCACCUUUCCAGCAGCUGGAUGAGGAGGUUCAGGGAAUCAUCGAAAGCUACUUGGAUGCCCGCGGUAUCAACAGCGCGCUUGCACAGUUUCUUCCAGAGUACGUCGACGUGAAGGAGCAGAAGGAGUACCUUGGCUGGUUGAACCGCGUCAAGGAGUUUGUCGAGUAA